AUGACAUCAACGGGGAAAGAAGGCAGCGGAGCUCAACAUGCACAAUAUGUUGGACCCUAUCGCUUGGAGAAAACCUUGGGCAAAGGACAGACAGGGCUUGUGAAGUUGGGGGUUCACUGUGUAACAUGUCAAAAGGUCGCGAUAAAAAUUGUCAACAGAGAGAAGCUCAGCGAGUCGGUGCUAAUGAAGGUGGAGCGGGAAAUAGCCAUCCUGAAGUUGAUAGAACACCCCCACGUUUUAAAGCUGCAUGACGUUUAUGAAAAUAAAAAAUAUUUGUAUUUGGUGCUAGAACAUGUGUCAGGUGGGGAGCUCUUCGACUAUCUCGUAAAAAAGGGAAGAUUAACGCCAAAAGAAGCCAGGAAGUUCUUCCGACAAAUCAUCUCUGCUUUAGACUUCUGCCAUAGUCAUUCAAUAUGCCACAGGGAUUUAAAACCAGAAAACCUACUGCUGGAUGAAAAGAACAACAUCCGGAUAGCAGACUUUGGAAUGGCAUCACUGCAGGUCGGGGACAGCUUGUUAGAAACCAGCUGUGGGUCGCCACAUUAUGCCUGCCCUGAAGUGAUCCGGGGAGAAAAAUACGAUGGGAGGAAAGCAGAUGUCUGGAGCUGUGGAGUCAUUUUAUUUGCAUUGUUAGUGGGUGCCCUGCCAUUUGACGACGACAACUUGCGGCAGCUGUUGGAGAAGGUGAAGCGGGGUGUGUUCCACAUGCCACAUUUCAUCCCUCCGGACUGUCAGAACCUCUUGCGGGGGAUGAUUGAAGUGGACGCCUCGAAACGUCUCACGCUAGAACACAUUCAGAAACACAUAUGGUAUAUAGGGGGUAAGAAUGAACCAGAACCGGAACAACCAAUUCCUCGAAAGGUGCAGAUUCGUUCUCUCCCUUCCCUGGAGGACAUUGAUCCAGAUGUGUUAGACAGCAUGCACUCGUUAGGCUGCUUCCGCGACCGAAAUAAACUCUUACAGGACCUGCUGUCGGAAGAAGAAAACCAAGAGAAAAUGAUUUAUUUUCUUCUCCUUGAUCGGAAAGAGAGGUAUCCCAGUCAUGAGGAUGAGGACCUGCCCCCUCGGAAUGAAAUAGAUCCCCCCAGGAAGCGUGUGGACUCCCCAAUGCUGAACCGGCAUGGGAAGCGGCGGCCAGAAAGGAAGUCGAUGGAGGUUCUCAGUGUGACAGAUGGCGGUUCGCCGGUCCCAGCUCGCAGAGCUAUUGAAAUGGCACAGCAUGGACAGAGGUCUCGGUCGAUCAGCGGAGCUUCAUCUGGUCUCUCCACCAGCCCCCUCAGCAGUCCAAGGGUCACCCCUCACCCCUCUCCAAGGGGAAGUCCCCUCCCUACCCCCAAGGGGACACCCGUCCAUACGCCAAAGGAGAGCCCAGCAGGCACACCCAACCCAACGCCACCAUCCAGCCCCAGCAUUGGAGGAAUGCCCUGGAGGACACGGCUCAACUCAAUCAAGAACAGCUUCCUGGGGUCUCCUCGAUUCCAUCGCCGGAAAUUGCAAGUACCUACACCAGAGGAGAUGUCCAAUUUAACCCCGGAAUCUUCCCCAGAGCUUGCCAAAAAAUCCUGGUUUGGUAACUUUAUCAACCUGGAGAAAGAAGAACAGAUCUUUGUGGUCAUUAAAGAUAAACCACUAAGCUCCAUCAAGGCUGACAUUGUGCACGCUUUCCUUUCGAUUCCCAGCCUCAGUCACAGCGUCAUCUCACAGACAAGUUUCCGUGCAGAGUACAAGUCCACGGGGGGUCCCGCUGUCUUCCAGAAGCCAGUGAAGUUCCAGGUGGACAUAACAUACACAGAAGGGGGCGAGGCACAGAAGGAGAAUGGGAUCUACUCAGUCACUUUCACGCUCUUAUCAGGUCCAAGCCGUCGCUUCAAGAGGGUAGUAGAAACCAUUCAGGCACAGUUGCUAAGCACACAUGACCAGCCUUCAGUGCAGCAGUUAUCAGACACCACUAACUGUGUGGAGUUGAUGACUGGCAGACUUUCCAAAUGUGGUAAGAACUUCCCUUCUGCCUUCUAUCCCUCCCCAGCCCCUGCUGACUCACAUAAUGUCCUCCUCUCCUCCCACUCCUUUUGCACAUCUGCCCACCCCCUGACAACUCCCUAUACCUCUCACUUACCUUCUGUACAUACGCACACCUACUCCUGUUCCUCCCCAUCCAUACCCCUACACACAGGGCUCAUCACAGUUUCACCCUGCACUGCACAAGUGUGCGUUGUUCACUUGUGA